AUGGUCUUCGAAGAAUCUGAUUCCUUUGAUGUCCUUCGUAGAUCCUUGUUCAGCGUAUCUGCCAAUGGAGAAUCCUUUUACAGCUUUGAAAAUCGUGGAGUUCAGUCAGUUUUCCCAGCAACAAGGAGCUUAUGUCCUGAUGAAUGUGACUGGUCCUGUCACGGUCGCCAAUUUAUCGCAAAAGCUGCAGUAACUCCACACAAAUUAAAAAUUGUAGAAAGAAAAUUGUAUGUGCCUCCCUUGAGUGAAUUACAAACUGUUUUCCGGACAGAGCUAUUAAAAAAUUUUGCUGAAGUUAAGGUCGAAAUCGUGGACUCUCCAAACUUCACUAAAAAACCUUUCAAUCUAGCAGCUCCUGGAAUAGGGGGAAGGCCAUCACUUCUAGAAGUUGGUGGAGUAUCCCUGUACAAUCAUCAAAUACACAAGCAAGAAUUAUUCGACAUUAAAACUAUCGUGAAAAAUUUGAACCGUACAUCAAAAGCAUUUGUAACGGGUGCUGCUAUUGGACCCUGGCCUUUUCUGAAAAAAGAUUGCGACGUUGCCGUGAACGUAGUUGUGGGUAAAAAAAAAUCUACUACAAGCUCCUAUGUUAUCACAUUAGACAAAAUUCGUGGGAAAAUUAAAUGUCAGGCCCUGCCCUUAAAUGAAACUCGAUUUGCAGUACAGGGAAAUCUAUUUCUCAGCGAUGGAAAAAGAGGAAAGGUCCUAAAAGUUUAUGCUAAGAAACGCAUAGGCGAAGAUAGUUUCAUUGCUAGUAUGAGAAGGAGCAUUACAAAUUACUAUGGAGAAAAGAAACUUGUUGGUAUUGGAGGAUUCUUUGUGUUGCAAGCAGGAAAGACAAAUGAACUUUUCGCAAACGUUCUAGAGGAACCUAUACCUAAGGGUAGCAAUUUGACUCGGAUUCCCCAUUUUUAUCUAGAUGAAGGUUCUGCUAAGGAGACUGGAGUUGGAACUUUUGUUUCUGCCAAAACCGAGCUUGAUCUUACUCCAAAUCACUUUCAUUUGUUUUCCACACAUAGCGAUUGUGGACAUUAUGUCCGCGACACCACCCCUGCAAUUGUAGAAUAUGAAGGAUAUUUUACACCUGCAGAAGUUCUUUACAGAGUAAAUCAAGCACCUCAUUACAAGCUGGUUUUAAUCCCCUCUGAUCAUUUCUGA